AAAGAAAAAAGGAAAAGAAAAAAGAGAAAAAAAGGAAUGUAGAAAGCCCUAACAAAAUUAAUUCUCCCUCUCUUUUGCGUGGAACAGCCCCCACUUUGAACUUUCAGCCGGCCAAGAAAUCCUCUCUCCGAUGACGAUUCGCAGCGACUACUAAUGACCGAACCACUCUCCGGCAUCCCAUUUCUGCCUUCAUCAACCACGCGAGAUUCGUAGUUCCAGCGACGGCGGCGCUUACAUCCUCCAGUGGCGGUGACCAUCGACACCCUGGAAAUCCACGCGGUCUGAACACCCUGGAAGCGACGCUUUCCUCCCUUUCGUCAAGAUCUUGAUUUCUGAAGAAGAAUGGCAACCUUUGAACUCUACCGCAGAUCAACGAUCGGAAUGUGUUUGACUGAAACUUUGGACGAAAUGGUUCAGAACGGUACUCUUAGUCCCGAGCUUGCUAUUCAGGUUCUUGUCCAGUUCGAUAAGUCGAUGACUGAGGCUCUGGAAUCACAAGUGAAAAGCAAGGUGACUGUCAAGGGACAUCUACACACCUAUCGGUUCUGCGACAAUGUUUGGACAUUCAUUUUGCAGGAUGCGUCGUUUAAAAAUGAGGAUUCCAGUGAGAAUGUUGGAAGAAUUAAAAUAGUAGCAUGUGACUCAAAGUUACUGUCACAGUAAGCUCUCAUACAUCAGGUUUAUUCAAUGAAAUUUGCAUAGUUAUUUGCUGACGAUGGAGCGAAGAACAUUCACGGUGAGGAGGAAAUGACCAUCCAGGAAGAGAUUCAAACGUGAUUCUCUAAAGUCAUCAACCCAAACAGCAAAAAGUUGCAUUGACCAUACAUAGACUGUAACUGGCUUCUAAAGUUGAUUGCAUAACAAUUACACGACCCGGCUUCUAGUUUAACGAUAAAAUAAAACAUGAUAUGUGUUUCAAUACUAUGCUAUUAAUUUCCUUUGAAUCUACUUUCUGUACAUUAGAAGAAUUCAAAUUACCACUUCGAAAGGAAUAAACUUCAUUGGAACUGUUUUCUUAUUAUUCAUUAUUUCAGUAUCAUUGAUGUUAGGUUUGGGAGCAAACAUUAUUGAAUAAUAAGAAAGAAUCAAACAUUUUCCA